CGUCCACUUUGUGCCAAGUCUCAUGAAUAAUCUAUGUCCGAGUAUAAACCAACCCCGAUACAGGCGGUUUAUUGGUUAGUCGGCGUGUGAGCAACUUAUCAAUAGAACAUUCCUAACGUUUUACCUGUGACUGCCACAAUUCGUACAUAGUUCGUACACAUUAAUAAUUUAAUUUCUUAAUCGUCUGAACAGUGUAAAAUCUUUAAAACAAUAAAACAAAAAAUAAAAAUGAUAUGAAAUAAUAUUUAAUACCAGUUAUAAAAAAUUGUUUCGGAAUCAUAAAGAGUGUUGUGAAAUCGACUAAAGUUUUAGUGAUGUUAUAAUAUAAACAAGAUUAGUGAAACUGGUGAAUGGACAGUAAAAAUUUAAAAUAAAAUUUGUAUUAUUUAUAUUGUGAUGGAAACUUGCAUCGUGAUCUGGAAAAUAAAAAUCCAGGAAAUAAUAAAACCACAAAAUUGAUCCUGACUUCAGAUGUCAUAAAGCAGCUCCGAUGUGCGGCGAGAGCGGCUCGCGCGCGCGGCCGGCCGGCCCCGGGAUGCGCGGCGAAUGAUGCCCCGGCGCAAGCGCAGGCUCGCGUCCCGCAUCCGGGACUACGUGCGCGGCUUGCUCGCCUUCCUCUUCAGCAAUGUUGGAGUCAUCGUGCUUGUCGUCGCUUAUACUAUAGCCGGUGCCUUCAUGUUCCAAGCCAUCGAGGGCGGCAGUGAGAUGGCCCUGGACAAGCAGAUGUCGCGCGCGCGCACCAACAUCUCGCAGUACUUGUGGCACAACGUCACGCUCGCACUCAACCUGUUCAACGAGACUGAAGUUAAGGAGAGGAUCAGCUCGGAGCUGGUGCACUACCAGAGCACGAUUGUGUCGGCGGUGCACAAGGGCUGGGACGGAGGCCGCUCCUCCAGGCAGUGGAGCUUCUCCUCCGCCUUCCUCUACUCGCUCACCGUCAUCACUACCAUAGGUUACGGGCACCUGUCUCCAAAGACGGACUGGGGCAAGAUCAUCACGAUUCUGUACGCGUUGCUGGGAAUGCCGCUGUUCCUGCUCUACUUGACCAAUGUUGGUGAGCUGUUAGCGCGCUGGUUCAAGUGUAUCUAUGCGCUCGCUUGCCUCUGUCGGGGUUGUCCAGGGUUCACUAAACGAAGAGUGGCCAGGUUACGCCCACAGUAUGAGCUGAGUGAAGCGGAGAGUAUAGAGCGGCCGCCGGCGUGGCGCGGCUCCAGUGACGUCACGCCGGAGGACCCGCCGCCGCGGGGAUAUGACAGGAGAGUAGAGUACUACCGCAGCAUGUCGGCCCCGCAGCGGGCCGCCAGCCCCGCACCCCGCGCGGCGCGGCGCGGGCUGUCGGUGCCGGCGCGGCGCAGCGCCAGCCUCAGCUCAGACUUCAGCUACGUGACCUUCGACGCGCAGGCCAUCACCGUGCCCAUCAGCGUCUGCGUCACUAUCAUGGUCGGGUACAUUAUGUUUGGAUCAAUGAUAUUCGGCAUGUGGGAGAAAUGGGACCAGCUGGAUGGAUCUUACUUCUGUUUCAUUUCUCUUAGCAGCAUUGGUUUCGGCGACUUCGUCCCGGGCGAGCGCGUGUACACGGCGCGCAUCGAGACGUCGUUCAUCGUGUGCUCGCUCUACCUCAUGCUGGGGAUGGCACUCGUCGCCAUGUGCUUCAACCUCAUGCAGGAGCAGGUGAUGCACUACUUCGCGGGCCUGCAGCGCGCGGCGCGGCGCGUGGCGCGCUGCAGGCGGUGACGUCACACAUAGCUUAGUAUACGACUAUAUAUACGUUUACCAUUAAUAAAGACUUAUUUGCUACGUU